GCUUGGUUUCCUUGUGAUUUUUCUGCAAAGGAGUGCGCAAUAAAUCGACGGGAUUCCCGCGCGGAAGCAAGAUUUGCAUCGGGGCAUGGUGCGCGCUCUUCGCACCAUUUGUAUAACUAUAGAAUUCAACUUUCAUGCAAGGUCAAGAAACGCGUUGCCCUGUGUGCAUUUACAAGUGAAUAGACUUCUUCCAAAGCAAAGAUCAAACAAGAGACAUAAAAUACUUCCAAACAUAGGUUUUGUAUCAAAUAAAAUUGUGACUUCAAAGAUUGUGAACUUAAACAAUUUGCAAUAAAGUAUGUUGUUA